AUGGCGGGGGAUGUCGGUGAGAAAUUCUCAUCACUGAGCUUAGUAGAGCUGGCAAAGGCCAAGAACCCUGUGAGUCUCUACCGACAAAACAUUGCGGAGAGGCUGGCUCCAAUCGUCAACCGGAAAGUCGACGAAGUCCUUCCACUGGUACAAUGGGCGACGACUCUGGAAAAAGGAGACCUGAUGCUGCCUGUUCCUGCUCUCCGAAUCAAGGGCAAACCACCUCAAGAUCUAGCCAAGGAGAUAGUCGAGCAAUUUCCAACUACAGAGGACACACUCGCGACAGCGACGCAGGCGGGUCCUUUUGUGCAAUUCUUCUUCAAGCCCGAUCACCUCACCAAGCAUGUGAUAACGGAGAUUCUGAGGAGCACCAAGGCGUACGGCUAUGAUCCCACUCCAGGCCUGCAAGACCCAUCCGACCCAUCCAAGGGCCAGAAAAAGAUCGUCGUAGAAUUCUCAUCACCGAACAUCGCCAAAGAAUUUCAUGCCGGCCAUCUACGAAGUACGAUCAUCGGCGGUUUUCUAGCAAAGCUCUACGCUAGGACUGGCUGGGAUGUCAUCAAGAUGAAUUAUCUGGGUGAUUGGGGCAAGCAGUAUGGGCUCCUGGCCAAUGGCUUCAAACAAUUCGGUAGCCAAGAAGAGCUGGACAAGAACUCUAUUGCACAUCUAUUCCAAGUCUAUGUCAAGAUCAAUCAAAUCAAGUCCCAGCAAGACGAGCCCAUCAAUGAAUUGAAGAAGGAGAUCAAAGAGAAAAAGACUAAAGGAGAAGACGUCACCGCGCUUGAAGAGAAACUUGCCCCCUUAGUAGAGGCUAGCGAGGACGAGAAGGCGCGGAAAUACUUUAAGAGCAUGGAAGACGGUGAUCCCGAAGCCCUCACCUUGUGGCAGAAGUUUCGAGACAUGAGCAUUGAGAAAUACAAAAAGACCUAUGCCCGAUUGAACAUCGAAUUCGACGUCUACUCCGGCGAAUCUCAGGUCAAGCAAGAGACCAUCAAGAAAGUACUCGAUGAUCUUUUGGCCAAGAAAAUUGCAGAAGAGUCGGAAGGCGCCAUCCUGAUUGAUUUCGCAAAGCAUGGCGCGAAGAAACUCAACAAGGCGAUCAUCGUGCGAAGAGAUGGCACUCCGCUGUACCUGACACGAGAUCUGGCGGCAAUUCUUGAGCGAUUCGAGAAGUAUCAUUUUGACAAGAUGAUCUACGUUAUCGCUGACCAACAAAAUGAACAUGUUGCGCAGCUGUUCAAGACGACCGAGAUCAGCGGGCAUAAGGACAUCUCAGACAGAUGCGAUCACGUCUCCUUCGGUAUGGUUAAGGGGAUGAGUACCCGAAAAGGCACGGUCAAGUUUCUAGAUGACGUGAUCCAAUCAGUCAAAGAUGUGAUGCUUGAGGUGAUGAUGAAGAAUGCAAAGAAGUAUGAACAGCUUGAGGAUCCGGAUGCCGUGGCCGAUAUCCUGGCUAUUACUGCGAUCAUGGUGCAGGAUCUGACCGGCAAGGUGCGCAAUGGUUACGAAUUCAACAUCAACCAAAUGACGGCUUUCGAGGGUGAUACCGGUCCGUACUUGCAGUAUGCCCAUGCACGACUAUGUUCGAUCAAACGAAAGGCAAAUGCAGACCUGAGCACACUGGACUCCGCCGACCUGUCAUUGCUUAAAGAACCCCAUGCUAUCUACUUGGUUCGGGCACUGGCGCAGUAUCCUGACGUGGUUGUGAACACCCUGAAGACUCGCGAGCCGUCCACCGUGCUUACGUAUCUCUUCAAGAUGGCUCAUGCGUUGAGCUCAAGCUACGACCAUUUGCAAGUUGUGGGAAGCGAGCCUGAACUACAGAAGGCUCGCUUGGCGCUGUAUGAGGCUGCCCGACAAGUUCUCUGGAACGGCAUGACCUUGCUGGGUCUAACUCCGGUGCAGAGGAUGUAA